AGGAGGACGACCUUUGGAUGAAGGCAUUCACACCUUGAUCUCCAAAGACACUCACUCACACUACGAGAUACUCUCAAGUCGAUUGAUCAAUCUAUCUACCUCUCAACAAACAAAGAAUCAAACAAGCACUAUGUUCUCCACAACCUACGACGAGAAAGCCGCCUACGAGCAACGCUACCACUCCCACUCCCAUUCCCACAGCAGAAACUCCUCCAACACAUCUACAACCAGUACAUCCUCCUCUGUCUCCUCCUCAUCCUACAAAUACGACAGUGCAGCUCCUCCUCCAUACACAUACAUAUUCUACAACACGAUUGAAGAGAAGCCUUUACCGCCGUUGCCAGCUUCAGCUGCGGAAUAUGCAUGGAGCGGGAGUGGAGAGAGGAGAGUGCGAUUUGUGCUGGAGAAGCCGUUGCCGCCUUUGCCGGUGGAGGAGUAUGCGAGUGAGGGGGAGGGAGACGGAGAAGGAGAGGGUGAAGGAGAGGGGCGGACUAGUUUGAGGAGGAGGAGUUGGAGGAAGAGUGAGAGGGGGAGUGAGGGUGAGAGUGGGAGCGAGGAGGAGAAGGAGAUGGUGUUGAAGGGGUGGUUGGGUUGAGGAUGUAUGGAUGAGGGGAUAGACGAUUGCAAUGCAUUGGGACAAACUGGAUGGGAUUGGGAUGGGAUACUAGAUGAUGGGAGCUACAAAGCUGGCGUUUGGGAUUAGGUUUGGCAUCUGGAUAGGAAUAUGGAAAUAGAUGGAUAGGGAGGACUUACAUACGGGAUACCCCACGAGUACAUACUCGCAAACAACGGGAUUGUAUAU